AUGUCACGCGGCUCGCAUACGUCCGCCCGAUUCUCGUCGGCGUCGCGCCACCAGGAUUCCGCAAUGUCACUGCCGAAGACUCUGCCGGACGAGUCAACGCUAGUGAGGUACUUCCGCGAGAGUAACCAUCGCGGAAUCAUCACUUGUCUCGACCAGGUGAAAAACGACCCGAAACGCUGUAAGGAGUUUAUUAAACGGAACAAUUGCCUCGACAUUCUCAUUCGCUUCCUACGCUGUGGGAAUCAGAGGAUCGUCGACAGGAGUCUGAGCAUACUCGCGAAUGUUUGCAUGACCGACGACGUCAGGGAGAAGGUAAGAAACAGCAAGAUAACAUUCAACGUAGUAUUCAUAUUAGAAAACCUCGAGCUGAAUGCCAUGCUGCACUGUCGUGCUUGCAGGCUUGUCAGUAACUUAUCCGAAUGUAGCUGGCACGCCAAAGAAUUAUGCGAUGCUGGGGUAAUAAAAGCACUUGUGGCGCUCCUAACAUCAAAAACAGAUGUACAAACUUAUUGCAUGGCUAUCAGAGCUGUAAGGAAUAUCUGGAAUGUUCACAAAAACAUUAGGGAAACGAUGAUAGAGUUGGAAAUUAUCAAGCUGGUUGCUCAAUUAUUUGUUAUGGCCGAAGAGAAAUCCAAUCUAGAUCCUAAAUAUGGCAAACUUGUAGAUGCUUGCUUGAAGGCCAUGUGUAUAUUUCUCGAUACGUUAGAUCCACGAUGCGGCAAUCAGAUGUACGUGGACAAGGAUAUGUGGGGCUACAAGUGUCUUAUGCGUUGCUGCAGCGCAAGAAAUAAUAAGAUGGCUGUUAAAUGUCUAUAUACUCUUUGUCAAAUAGCGGAAUGUCGAUUGUGUCUAGGUGUUUCUGGAACAGUUAAAGAACUCAUAGCUCUGAUAAUAGAGACAGACGCUAACUCUAAUUUUAUUUGCAAGGAGAUAUUGUUGAGCCUAAGUUUGUUUUGUCGAGAAUCAGUAAAUCGAGAUAGAAUCAGACUGAAUGAUGGAUUACAGAUUAUCCUGGCAUUGUUGAAUAAGUCCGAAUACGAAUGUUACCAUUCUAAAUUGUUGGAAGCUCUCUCACUAUUCAUCCACGACGAUAUCGGCCUUGAUAUUCUGACGAGACAUGGUGUAUUAGAGAUUCUCGUAACGAAAUUGAAGAAUAUUGUAGCUAAGAAUAGUGAGAGAAGUAACACAUCUAGAAAACGUUCCAACGACUAUCUGAUCGAUAAUUAUCGCAAAAAGUCUUCUAAAUACUCCAUUUUGAGAUACAGUAUGGAUCUUUACCGUGAUGAUUGGAGUCCAAAAAGUGCUACAAGUGCCUCUUCAUCAUCACCGCCUAGCACACCACCCUUGCCACCUUAUUUCGAUUUCAGUGCAGAAAGUGACGAUCUAAAAGAUGAUGUUUACAGUCCGGUCUACAGCGAUAAAGAAUGUGAUAAUGAUGAAGAAGAAGAAGCUGCUUCUCCUAGGAGCUACAAAUCAUUGACAACUGUCGAAGCUGAUUCCGAUUCUUCCACUCUUAGCUCCGAGUUGUUUUCGGAAACGAAUGCUUGCGAAUAUUAUACAUUAUUAUUACUGAGUAAAUUAAGUUUUUCUUCUAAGCCUAUCGACAAACUGGCCGAACCCAUGACCAUUAAAUCGCUAAUAGAUUACAUAAAAUACACAAAAAAGCAAAAUAUUCUAAGGGACACUGCAGUUAAAAUAUUGAUAAAGAUCGUAGGGAAUGCGGAAUACUUCAUACGAUUAGUAAUACAAGGGUUUGUGCUUGAAAUACAAACUCUACCGGAAGCGGAAGAUUGCAUGCAACAUUUACGCAUAGUGGCGGAUACCGGCGGUGCCACCGGACAAUUAUCGUUUCUAUUGCUGCGCGGCGAAGAAGAGCAUAAACUACUGACCGCAGUGUCGAUACCACUUCUCGUUAAGAAGCAUUGCACCCUCAGGUGUUUGCUGAAAAAACACGAUGGAAUGCAGCUAAUAUUUCGUCUGUUGGCGGACUCGUCGCAUAAAUUACACAAAUGGGCGAUCUGGUCAAUUUGCCACUUGGCGAAGACAUUUUAUUCAGACAAUUCGGACUUGAUCAUUGAUACAGUGAAUACAAACGCCAUCAAAAUAUAUCGUAAUAUGAAACCGUCGAUAUUAUUUUCGUCAACAGUGAUAUUAGAGUUGGAUGAUGGCACUACCGUUAAAGCUUGCAAGGAAGUAUUGUGCCAGUACUCGCCAGUCUUCUCCGCUAUGCUGGAGGGUCAUUUCAAGGAAUCGAACAAGAAACUAAUUCAAUUGAGGAACAUGUCACGUAACGCCCUGAAAACGCUGAUACUAGCGAUGAGCGAUGACAAGUUCAAGAAUCGAAACAUUGAAUCACUGUUGGAGGCUGUGCUAUUAGCCGAUUAUUUCCUCAUGCCGAAUGUUUUGAUAGAUCUGUUAACCGAGACUUCUAUAAACAAGCUCAAUCAUGAGACCGUCUGUCGAGCAUGGUGCUGGGCAAGGAAACACUCUUGUCAUGAGUUUAGAUCUUUUUGUGUCAAGAAAUUUCUGACUACAAAAAUGUCAUUGAGUGAAACAAUACGGACGUUCCACGAUUUCUAUACCACCAAUGCCUUCGAUGAGUUCCUAUGCGAGAUCAGGGACUUAAUUACAGACGAGUUAUACCGAUGGUAAAAACAUUAGAUGGCUAUUGAAUUCGGAUUAAUGCAAUUGCUAUGAAUAAGAAUGAUAUUCGAGAUCUCUAUGAUAAAUCUUUAAAGAAU